AUGAAACGUCGACAGCUGCUGGCUUACUAUAAAGAUCACUCUGACAAAAUCUCAAAAUACGUCGACGUUGCUGUGAGCAAGGCCGUCCCAGUGCCUCAACUUCCAGUGAAUAUUGAACUGCAAAGCGAGCAUCAACAGAGACCUCCCACAAUUUCCACACAAUGGACGCAAGACACUACAGUUUCAACAAUCUAUCAGGAUAAUGAUGUUGCAUCAGACUCCGGGCGAACAAGGUUUUCCGCUACAACUUCUACCGCGGGCGAUGCGGAUCAUAACUUCAUCCCACCACCUCCAAGAGGAUCAAAUAUCGCAAGGCGACAACCAUUCAUAUGCCCAUACUGUCAUCAAACCGUACAGGUGGAUAAUGAUGAGGACUGGAACUACCAUGUAUACAGUGACUUGCGGCCUUACAUCUGUACCUUUGGCGGCUGUGUGAAGGAGAAUCAGCUAUACGAUAGUUUCACAGAGUGGAGCGCUCACGAACGACAAUUCCAUCGAAGAGAGUGGUUCUGCACGCGUUGCCCCUACACAUCCGCAGAUAAAUGCGCUUUAAUCUCGCACGUCGCAGAUCAUCACGCAGACAUCCCGGAAGAACAACGACAAGAAAUGGCAAAUCAGUCAAAACCUUCCACCUUGGCGCAGCAAUGUCCACUAUGCACCAAACCUCCUAUAUCAGACUCCAGUCGAUUCCAAAAGCAUCUGGCUCGGCAUCUGCUGCAGCUUGCCCUCUUUGUUCUUCCUCGAAUAGAAACUGACGAUGAGGAAUCAGCGUUGCGCGGGGAAGAGUCGGAUGAGUCACGACAAGCGUUGAUGCUGGAUGUGGAAGACAGAGAUUCACUCGGCUCAAUUUCCAUCGUUAGCAAGGUUUCUUUUGCGCCGAGCUCCACCCCCGGCCUCCACUCUCCCGUCGAUGAUGGCUUGCUGGACGUUAUUCCUGUGGAGAGGGUAAUUGAUACAUCAGAAGGCAUAGCAGAUGGACCAGAUAUCAUCGAAGGGAUCGGGUCCAUGGAACAUCACCCAUAUGAUCCGUGGAAAACGGAAGCCGAUGCAAUUGCUGCACUGGACUACUCUCGAACCAAUUUGGGUCCCGAACAUCGUGACACUAUUGCGUGCAUGGAUUACAUUGCCAAUUUGUAUGCGGAAAAAGGGCGUUUCAGGGACCUGGAACCGCAUUUAGAGGAAUUGUUGACUAUUAAACGGAAAAUACUGGGGCCUGAGCAUCUCUCCACUCUAAAGAGCAUGAGUCAAAAGGGACAAUUUCUCUAUGAGCAGGCACGAUACGACGAGGCGAAAGAAGUGCUCGCAUGGGUUGUGCAAGCGUGGAGAAGGCACUUAUCCACCGAUAGCUCCUUCGCCUUAGAUUCGAUGUGCGGCCUUGUCAAAACAUACACGGAACUGGGAAGAUUCGACGAAUCGGAUGAGCUUUCGUUGCAAUCUAUAGAAAAUUCGAAGCAGGUGUUCGGAGAAGAUCACCCGAACACUUUAUGGGUCAUUCGUGCUCAAGCAACCAACAAUUUUCGAAAAGGUGAUUAUACGAAAGCGGAGAAGCUUUUAUUGCAAAUUGUAGAGGCUUCUGAAAAGAAUCAUGAUGCUCAAUUGUAUCAGAAAUUAGGUAAUUGGGUUAGGGCCGACCUUGCUCAGGUCUACUUCGCUAGAGGAGAACCGGAGAGGGCAGGAAAAUACAUGAAAAGGAUACUUGAGAGUAUGGAAACAUUGAAACUCGCCCAUCACCACAAAAUUGCAAUCACGGGCCUCAUUGGCAGCGUGUAUUACUAUGAACGGAGAUUUGACGACGCUGAAGCUCUCUUCGCAGACGGAAUGGAGAGUGCUACACAGUUAUUUGGGACGACGACUAACGCUUUCCGACCAGUGUUGGGGCUAAAAUUAGCAAAAAUCUAUUAUAUGAAAAAGAGGAUUGGCGAAGCUCGACAACUAAUGGCAGAGUGUGCAGAAGAUCUGUUGAGAUCGAUGGGUCCUCAACAUCCAUGGACAAUUGAGGCCUUCAAGGCGCUGCAAGAGUGGAGGAAUUCAAUGGAAGAGUCACGAACACUCACGUGA